ACUUUUAAAGUUUAUGGUUCUUGUAUGCAAAUCUCCUCCAACUUCAGGGUAGUUCUCUGUAAUUUAAUCAACUUGGGAGGUACUAAUCCAAAAAGUUUCAUCCAGGAAUGGGCCUAGUUCGUUGAUUCGUAGCUGUGGCAGCGAAAAUUUGUUUGGGAAGAGGGAAUAGCUUGGAUCUUUUUAGGGCAAAUGGCGGUUCGAGAUGAACUGGCGGAAUCGUUGGCAGAUCUCUUUACCAACCUAUCUGCUAUGGUCAAAGGCGAGCUCGAGGGGACAAAUAACCAGCUAUUGCUUCUGGAGAAGAUGAACCACAGAGUGGCAGAGGAAUAUAAUGGCUUCGGCGAUGUAGCUUCUGGAUUAAGGGUAUUUGUUGAACAAUUGAGCGAUAAAAAUAAAAACUUCGAUGAUUAUGUGCAUGAAAUCGAUGCGAUUGACAAACAAGUUACUGAGUUUGAAGCUGCCGUUUCCGUGCUGGAUAAGUAUGUUGGCAUGUUGGAGAAGAAAGUACUAUCUGCUUAUGAUAAUGUACAUACAUAAUUUGUGUUCUCAUGAUAAAUCGUCUUUUUAACUUAAAAGACGUAAUUUCUAAAUUUCAACUUAUGGUAUUAGCACUUGUUAUUUCUGACUUUUAGAGGAGGAAACUUGAUGACAGCAUCCCCUGAUGUAACUGCUAUGUAAUCUGUCACAGUGCAAUUGACAAAAGUUAUGAAGCAUAAUACUCUGAAAAAGAUUUGACAAAA